AUGGCAGAGGCAAGUAUUUCAAUUGGUCGGGACCGGUUCAUCUGUCCAGUCUGUCUAGGUCCCCUUAAGGAUCCUGUGACUAUGUCCUGUGGACACAUUUACUGUAUGGGCUGUAUUAAGGGCUACUGUGGACAGGAUGGUCAGAAGGGAGUCUACAGCUGCCCCCAGUGCAGACAGAACAUCAUUCAAAGACCUGUCCUACGUAAACACAUCAUAUUGGCUGAGGUGAUGGAGAAAAUGAAGAAGACAAGACUCCAGGGAGCUGCUGUUCGUGGUCGGUGUUCUGCUGGACCUGGAGAUGUGGAGUGUGAUUUUUGUAUCGGAAAGAAAGAAAAAGCCGUCAAGUCCUGUCUGACAUGUCUGGCUUCAUACUGUCAGAUUCACCUCCAGCCUCACUAUGAAUCUCCUGCCCUCCAGAAACACAGGCUGGUUGAAGCCUCCACACGACUACGGGACAGGAUUUGUCCUCGUCACAACACACUGAUAGAGCUUUGGUGUCAAAGGGACAAACAGUUCAUGUGUUAUCUGUGUAUGUUGAAUGAACACAGAGGCCAUAAAACAGUACCAGUGAUAGUAGAGAGGACUGAAAGAGAGAAACAGCUGGGGGAGACUCAGAGGAAAACCCAGCAGAGAAUCCAGGAGAGAGAGAAGGAGGUGCAGGAGCUGAGACAGGCCGUGGAGUCUCUGAGGCGCUCUGCACAGGCAGCAGUGGAGGACACUGAGAGGAUCUUUAUUGAGCUGAUCCACUCCAUUGAGAGAAGGCGCCAUGAGGUGACAGAGCUGAUCAGAGAUCAGGAGAAGAGUGAAUUGAGUCAGGCUGAAGGAGUCCUGGAGCGACUGGAGCAGGAGAUUGCUGAUCUGAGGAGGAGAGACACUGAGUUGGAGCAGGUCUCACACACAGAGGAUCACAUCCAUUUCCUCCAGAAUUUCCCACCACUCUUUGAAUCUGAAGACUUACCCAGCAUCACUGUAAGUCCACACCUCUCUUUUGAGGAUGUAGGAAAAUCUGUCUCUCAGCUGAAAGAGCGAGUGGAGGGUUUCUGUAAGAAGGACUUUGAAAGACUUUCCACACAAGUUACAAACAUCAAGAUCCCCCUACCCUAUGAACCCAGACCCAUAAACGGGCUCUCAGAGCCUACAAACACCAACGCCAUUCCCCCUGCCGAACCCAAGACCAGAGAGGAGUUCUUACAGUGUUACUGUGAGCUCACCUUUGACCCCAGCACCGCAAAUCCUUAUCUUCGCCUGUCUGAGGGGAACAGAGAGCUGUACAGGAGUACGAAAAUCCAGUCCUACUGGGAUCAUCCAGACAGAUUUGAUGAGUGCUUUCAGGUGUUGUGUAGAGAGAGUGUAUCUGAGCGCUGUUACUGGGAGGUUGAGUGGAGUCGGGGCUUUGGGAUUCAGAUAGCAGUGGCGUAUGAAAGCAUCUGCAGGAAAGGACAGGGUAAAAACAGUCUGUUUGGACGUAAUGAUCAGUCUUGGAGUCUGAGCUGCAGUCCAAACUGUUACUCCUUCAGACAUAAGAAAAAGACUAAACUCCCCACCGUGCCCAGUUCCUCCAGAAUAGGAGUGUAUGUGGACCACAGGGCAGGAACUCUGUCCUUCUACAGCGUCUCUGACACAAUGACCCUCCUCCACAGAGUCCACACCACAUUCACUCAGCCCCUCUAUCCUGGGUUUUUGAUUGGUCCAUACUCUGACGUGAGGUUGUGUAAACUAUCAAAAUGA